AUGGAUGGCCUCGAAGGUGUUGAUCGAGUAGAAAAGAUCAAACUUAGCGAUUUCUUCGAUGAGGAUGUACAACAAGACAAAUCUGUUGACUCUCUGAGAUUGUCUGCUUCGGAUGAGCAGUGCUGGAUGGAUCUUGAACCUUUCAUUCAUCCUCAUCCGCACCGCGUACCCCUCAAUGCUUCACUACCGUUCAUCUUCCAGUUAUUCCGUGGGCUCGGACUGCGAUAUCUCACAGUAGUCAACGAUGAUAAUAAACUUCGCGGUAUCAUUACACGGAAGGACGUUGCUCGAUUUAGAGAGCGUCGCUCCAACAGAAAAUAUCAAGUGCGGGAGUUAUAUAUUGCCGAAGACAGAACGAAUUGA